AUCCCUUAUAAAACUAAUAAUGCAAGAGAGAGGCCACCAUUAUACUCCAUAGCUGUUUCUUAUUCACGUACGUACUCUCCUUCCUGAACUUGAAUCCCAUUAAAAACAUGAGCAACGAAGAAGUAGCCUAUGAUCUCACUCCGUUGAUCAAAGUAUACAAAGACGGUCGAGUCGAGAGACUCCAAGGCACAGCCACAGUUCCUCCGUCAACAGUCCAAUCCAAAGACAUUGUCAUCUCCCAACAACCACCCGUUUCCGCAAGGCUUUACCUCCCCAAAUCCACCGAAACCAAACUCCCUCUUCUCGUUUACUUUCACGGCGGAGGCUUCUGCAUUAAUAGCGCCUUUUCUCCCAAGUAUCAUAAUUACCUCAACUCCUUAGUCUCCGAAGCCAAAGUUGUGGCCGUCUCUGUUGAGUACAGGCUUGCCCCGGAGAACCCUCUCCCAGCCGCCUACGACGAUUCGUGGGCUGCUCUCAAAUGGGUCGCUUCCCAUUUUGAUGGAACGCGAAAUGUUGAUGAAGAAGAAGACGAUUGGCUAAGUAGCUACGCGGAUUCGCAGCGUGUGUUUUUCUCUGGAGACAGCUGUGGAGCUACUUUAGCGCACUACAUGGGAGUGAGAAUAGGCUCUGAGGGGCUGGUUGGUGUUAAGCUGAUUGGGGUUGUGUUGGUCGAUCCAUAUUUUUGGGGGGAAGAGCUAAUUGGGGGAGAGAUCACUCUCCCUGCAGCUGAAAGGGAGUUUAUUGCUGCAUUGUGGCGUUUUACCUACCCAUCGACUAUUGGAUCAGAUGACCCCCUUAUCAACCCUCAAAAGGAUCCGAAAUUUGGGGAAUUGGGGUGUGGAAAAGUACUGGUUUUUGUGGCUGAGUUAGAUGUGUUGAAAUACAGGGGAUUGUACUAUGGGGAGGCGCUGAGAAAGAGUGGAUGGAAUGGAGUUGUGGAGGUGAUAGAAACAAAGGGGAAGGACCAUAAUUACCAUUUGUCCGAUCCUACCUGUGAGAAUGCUGUGGCCAUGCAGAAAAAGAUAGUCUCGUUCUUGAACUAGUGUUUGCGGUUUUUCCAUCGUUGUAUUCUAAAGCCUACUAAAUUCCUAUGUUUUAUGAGUUUUAUAUGUAUGUUUUCUUGAACAAUAUUUCUCAUAAUCAUAAUCAAUUAAUUUUUCGGUCAA